ACUGCCGAGAACGAAAAGAAAAUUUUCAGAUUGUUCAAUGACUGGAUUAGAACCUUUAUUUAUUGCAUUAUCCUUCGAUGUUGUGAAUUUCUUGAAAAAAAAAACGUCCAUUUCAAUCCUGCUUUGCCGGUUAACCCGGAUAAUCGAAACGCGUCUUAUUCUUGUUCUUCUUUUUGUGCUAUACUGUUGUUUUAGUUUUCCGUGGAUUGACGAAUUUUGCAAACAAACCCAUACGCCUUCUUUGUUACUUUCAAUGCUGUGAUCGCGCCCGGCAGAAUGGUAUUUCUUUGGACCAGUGGAGGAAAGCCCAUACACGUUAAAAUAGUUCACAAAUCGGACAGUGUACUGCAGCUCACGGUGGAAAAUGUAGAUGCACCUCGCGAAAGGCACACACUGCUGAUUCUGGAGCUUGGGACUCUGUUUUGCUUCGCAGUAUGUGUUUUCCUCUUCCGAUUGAACACACUGCACGCACUGUUUCUUCUACCCAUCGCCACUCUUGUAUACCUGUACAACAAUGUGAUAAAAUCGGAAAGUUUGGUGUUGGUAAAGGACUUUGCUAUGCAGUGUUCAACGACGUUCGCCAGCGGCAAUGUGCGCAAUGCACUCAUACCGAUAGAGUAUGUGCAAGAUAUUGUGAUCAACGAAGUAUUCUUUAACUUGAAAGUUAUUUUCGUACUACAAGUUCUCACCAAAGGGCACUUAUUUCGGAAGAAACCGGUGAUUACUCUACUACAGAAACUUAAACCAGGAUUACCAUGCUUAAAAGUUAUCUACCGCGAACUCCACUCCCUCCUCGAGCUGCAGGACUGUUGAUGAGCGCGCGUCUAUUGCCCUUUUGGGAACAACUUGUGCAGAACGUUUAGCAAGUUGUGAACUUCCUGGACAUCAGAUGCUGCAUUUGAAGCGGGAAAAAGCUGUUUCGGUAGCCGUUCUAUCUUCUUCAACUCCUGAACCGGCUGUUUUGGCACGCAGACAUCGGUUUCAAUCUAGAUUAAGCCAGAACCAAAGAGAACCAUCGUUAGGUACAACGAACCAUGUACAAUAAACCAACUUUAUGCACAACGUACAA